AUGGGGAGGUUGAAGUUGAACAGUGAUCAAAGUCCAAGAUUCAAGCACUUCAGUCAUCCACAUGAAUUAGAGCUAUGCAACCAACAACACCAGAAUAAUCCUACACCUUGUUCAGGAUGCAAACUCCCACCAUUAAGCCAAAUGUACACAUGCAAACCUUGCAACUUUACUCUCCAUUUGAGCUGUGCUCAGUUCCCAAAGCUGAUAAAUCACCCUUCUCAUCCAGACCACCCUCUAGCUCUCCUACCGAAGUCUAAAUACCCCCGUGGCCUUUUCAAUUGUGAUGCCUGCAACCGCCGUGGAGAUGGCUUCAGCUACCACUGCAGAGAAUGUGAAUAUGAUCUCCAUGUGACCUGUGCAUCAAAACCUCUCAAAAUUACACAUCAACUGCAUCAAUGCCAGCUGGAACUCACCUUCAAGAAUCCUUAUCCUGAUGCCAAAGGCUUCUCUUGUGAUGUAUGCCAAAAGAUUGGAGUCAAGCAGUGGCUUUAUAGAUGCAGCACUUGCGACUUUGAUGUUCAUCUGGAUUGUUCAAAGUUUGUCCCAACAUCAGCAGUUCAAGGGUCAUCUGUCCACCUCCAGCAGCACCAUUCAUUCCCUGGGGCAACAAGUUCACAUAACCAGAUCCAGCAGCCUGAUUUGGCAGCAAAAAUGAGGCCUGACCAGUUUGUGCACAGUGCAAGUUCAGAUGCAAUAGGCAACCAGCUCCCACAAACUCACAUGUUAUCAGGACAAGCGAUGCCAAAUCAGCACAUGCCGACAAGUCUGGGUACAGCCCAAGCAACAUCAAACCCGCUAUUCCAUAAUGUAAGUACAGGUUCAACCCAUCAGUACCAGCCAAAUCAGCACGCGCAGACCAGUCUGGGUACAGCCCAAGAAAGGUCAAACCCGCUAUUCCAUAAUGUAAGUACAGGUUCAACCCAUCAGCACCAGCCAAAUCAGCACACGCAGACCAGUCUGGGUACAGCCCAAGCAAGGUCAAACCCGCUAUUCCAUAAUGUAAGUACAGGUUCAACCCAUCAGCACCAAUUGUUGCAACCUCCUCUAAUUCAAGGACCUGUGAGGCCUGAUCAAUACAUGAAGCCUCCUGGGACAAACAAUGAUUUGAUGAAUGCUGCAGUUCAAGGACUGGUGGAAGUUGCAACACAGCAGGUUGGUCAAUCUAUCAUGCAGGGGUUCAUAGGUGGUGGUAACAACAAUGAUGGGAAUGAAGUCUCUCCAAUUCUUCGAAGCAUCUUUGGUGACUCGACGCAGAAGUAA